AUGAGUCAACUAAACAAUAGAAAUUCAUAUCCAACAAUCCCGACACUACUGGGGAACAGAGUUGAUUCCCUAGAGCAUUCGACAAGCCAUUGUGCUGGAUUGUCAUUGAACAUGAUUCAUUUUAGUGAUAAAAGGAUUAAAAGUAAAAUGAUAGAGCUGAAUAAUUUCAUUAUUACAUUAUGUCGUUACAUUGAUAAAGUAUGUAAUGUACUGAAAAAUGAAUGUAAUAAAUAUAUAAGAAACAUACAACUUGAAAAUAUUUCUAUAGAAUUUUAUAAAGAAUAUAAAACAGUUCUUACCAUUUAUGAGAAAUUAGUAAAAGAUCUAAAAAGUUUUUUAUCGGACAUACAGAAAGAUUUUAACAAACAAGUUUUGAAAUGGCUAGAGGAUCUUGAUUCAUCGAAACAGAGGUAUAUAGACAUUACAAAAGAAUCCGACGGACUUGAAAGAAAUCGGCAUAUGUAUCAAGACAAUGACUUUGAAUUCGACAGUGAUCGCGCAAAGAGUCGUCAACUUUAUUGGAAAAAGUAUUUAAAUUUAAAAUCACAAAAAGAUAAAACCGCUCAACUUUACAAUAAACGGUUUGCUGAUCUUAAUCAAUUUAUAGUCAAAAUAAGUAUUUUGAUAUCUCACAUCACUGAGGGAAGAAUAUUUUACACGCCGAUAUUUAACAGUCAUAAAAAUUAUACAAUAUCUUUAAAAGACUUCGUAGAUGAAUUUGGUAAAUUGGUUAAUAUGACAGACGCUGCGAUGAAGAAGAAAGGUGAAGUUAUUGCUAAGUUGAUCAAUGAAUCCAUGAAAAACCUUGAUAAAAUGACGGAAACAUUUGAUGUGAAUGCAAUUAUGGAACUGAAACAAAUUAGGCUUAGUUAA